AUGUCGACGCGUGUUCAGAAAGGCAGCACCGUCUUUAGACCUGUUGCAAGACCACGAGUUCGUCCUGGCUCCGAGUCGCGCCAGACCUCUGUCGUGCCAGACACUCAAAAUGCUAGAGGUUCAUCGGCUGCUUCGCAUAAGGAGCGAGUUCUCAUAGACGCUGAUUCAUCUUCUAUGCCACCGCCUUUGGCGGUACCCUCCAGACCUGUCCCUGUCGCGGAGGCCCGGUAUGUUCCUCUGCAUACACCGGCGAGCUCGAGCUCUGGCCAAAAAAGUCUACCGCACGUCCAUAUCUCAGACGACACUGAAAAAAGACCCCAACCCCUUCUCAUGCAGACACAGCUUUCUUCCGAUGAUAUACCUCUCCGACAAGUCACACCAAAUACUGGAAAUUUGAUAACCCCUUUAUCGAGAGACAGGCCCGUCCCCGUUUUAAUUGGCCACUCCCGUAGUGCCCCAGUACUAGUAUCCCAAACACCAGCCGUUGAACCACAUCAUAUAGCUCAUACACUGCCCAUCCAGCAGGUCCUCAUUCCUCCCGACACCUACGUUCAGCAUCAGUGCGUAGAUGGAUCUCAAUUAGCUGUCGAAAACCCAGCGGCCGGUCUUUUCAGCUCGAAACCCACUCACACGCGUAGAGAGUCAGCGUUGAACAAGGGAAAGACGAUUACUGAACUUCAUGAUAGUGGCGAUGAUAGCGAACAAAUUGAGCUUCCUACAAAGAGACGACGCAAGAAGAGUUCGUCACAGAGGGAAGAAAUGUCUGAGGCCGCCCCGAAGAGGCGUAAAAAUAAAGAUUCUACCACACCUCGAAGGUCGCGGACGCGUACACCAUCUACACCUCCUUUCGACUCCAAUGCUGAUCCUGGUGAAGAGCUGGACCCAACCGUGACUACGAUGUCCGCUCUCUGCGACGAUACGGGACAAGGACGGAUCAGUAGUAAGGCCGCGCAAAUCAUGACCAAUCAUGCGGCAUGGCAAGUAGCGAACAAGGAGAAGAGGGCGCGUCUCAGAGCGAUCAUGGAGGCCAAGAAAUAUGGUAGGGAUGCCGAGAACGAGAAUCAGCCGCCUGAUAGAUCAAGUCAAGCCGCUGCGGAAGCAACCGAGGGUGGCUCGUCAGGAGAUGUAGCGUCUACUAAUACGGGUGCACCAACUGCAGAACCGUCUUCUGCGAACGGACAUUCUCCUAACGAGACUCGGGCGGGGGACGACUUUGAUUAUACGGAAGAUCUCUCCACGAGCCGAUAUAAUGUGCAGGUCAGAAUUGGGGCUAGUGGGGAGACCAUCAUCGACGAACAAUCUCUUUUUGUCAAUCGCGACGAGGAGGACGACACGGCAAAUUAUACUCAUGUAGAAGAGUCAGACACCACAAAGUUUGUCAAUUCUCUGACCUACAGCAAGAAACCGCGUGGCUCUCGCUGGAGCGCGGAGGAGACCGAGUUAUUCUACGAUGCUUUAUCGCAGUUUGGCGAGAACUAUGAGCUAAUUUCGUUUGUAUUGCCUGGACGUGAUCGAAAAGCAUGCAAGAAUAAAUUCAAAGCUGAGGACAAGAAGAACUCUUCCCGCAUCACGUACUGCCUCAAUCAUCAUAUUGAGACGCUCUCACGCAUGACUGGCAAAGACUUUUCUGGACCGACACCAAUCAUUAGAGCACCUACGCCUCUGCGAUCGACCCAAUUGGACGCGAAAUUACAGUCGCAAGAGCAGAGCGUAGCUCCAGUGUCCGCUGAUGAAGAGGUUUUGGGCACUGUCGAUGAUGUGGAGAAGGAUGUAUACGCAUUUGAAGAGAUGGAUGACGCGGGAUAA